AUGACUUGUGGAUCUUACUGUGGAGGCUCUGUGAGAGCUUUCAGCUGUGCCUCAGCCUGCGGGCCCCGGCCUGGCCGCUGCUGCAUCAGCGCUGCUCCCUACCGAGGAGUGUCCUGCUACAGGGGACUGACUGGCUUUGGCAGCCGCAGCUACUGUGGGGGCUACAGGGCUGGCUCCUGCGGCCGCAGCUUUGGCUAUCGCUCUGGGGGAGUGUGUGGGCCCAGCCCCCCCUGCAUCACCACCGUAUCUGUCAAUGAGAGCCUCCUGACCCCCCUCAACCUGGAAGUGGACCCCAAUGCCCAGUGCGUGAAGCAUGAGGAGAAGGAGCAGAUCAAGUGUCUCAACAGCAAGUUUGCUGCCUUCAUCGACAAGGUGAGGUUCCUGGAGCAGCAGAACAAGCUUCUGGAGACCAAGUGGCAAUUCUACCAGAACCGGAAAUGCUGCGAGAGCAACUUGGAGCCCCUGUUCCAGGGUUAUAUUGAGACCCUGAAGCGGGAGCUGGAGUGCGUGGAGGCUGACAGUGGGCGUCUGGCAUCUGAGCUCAACCAUGUGCAGGAAGUGCUGGAGGGCUACAAGAAGAAGUAUGAGGAGGAGGUCGCCCUGAGAGCCACAGCUGAGAAUGAAUUCGUUGCUUUGAAGAAGGACGUGGACUGUGCUUACCUGCGGAAAUCUGACAUGGAGGCCAAUGCUGAGGCUCUGACAGAGGAGAUCAAUUUCCUGAGGGCCUUGUAUGAGGAGGAGAUUCGAGUUCUGCAGUCUCACAUCUCAGACACUUCUGUUGUGGUAAAGAUGGACAACAGCAGAGACCUCAACAUGGACUGUGUCAUUGCCGAGAUCAAGUCUCAGUAUGAUGACAUUGCCAGCCGCAGCCGGGCUGAGGCUGAGUCUUGGUACCGCACCAAGUGUGAGGAGAUGAAGGCCACCGUGAUCCGCCAUGGCGAGAGUCUGCGCAGGACCAAGGAGGAGAUCAAUGAACUGAACCGUAUGAUCCAGAGGCUGACCGCUGAGGUGGAGAAUGCCAAGUGCCAGAAUUCUAAGCUGGAGGCUGCUGUGACCCAGUCUGAGCAGCAGGGUGAGGCCGCCCUCAAUGAUGCCCGCUGCAAACUGGCAGGGCUGGAGGAGGCUCUGCAGAAGGCCAAGCAGGACAUGGCUUGUCUGCUGAAGGAGUACCAGGAGGUCAUGAACUCCAAGCUGGGGCUGGACAUUGAGAUUGCCACCUACAAACGGCUGUUGGAGGGCGAGGAGCAAAGGUUGUGUGAGGGUGUUGGUGCCGUGAAUGUCUGUGUCAGCAGCAGCCGCGGUGGCGUCGUGUGUGGCGAUCUCUGCACCGGCACCUCCGGUGCCCGUGUUGUCAACACCGGUAGCACUGGCCCCUCUGGCGGCAGUGUGGUGGUCAGUGCACCUAACGCCUGUGCCCCCUGUGGAGUUGGCUCAGGCUAUAGUGUCCGCUCUUGUGGUGCCAGCUCUUGUGGGAUCAAGAAAUGUUAGGAGGUCAGGAGGAAACAGAACUGAACUUCACCCCAGAAAUGUCACUGGAAUCUGACCACAUCCCCUUACUGCUCUUGGACAGCAAUGCAUUCCUCAACCCCAUCCUCUCUCCACUGGCCCAGCCACAGUUCCAACAACAGAGCAGGAGACCUUGCACAUUUUAUGCCUCCAAAUGAAAUUUCCCAGGGACUUCCAUCUUCUUCUUCUACUACCUGAUGGCCUUAUUUAACCCA